ACAGGAGAACCUCGUGGCUCUCAAAUUCAAGCUUCUUUCGUCUACUUUUUCCCCAUCGUUCUGAUACAGUGGAAGAAGAGAGAGAGAGAGAGAGAGAGAGAGAACGAAAGGGCUGCGGAAAAAGCAAAGGGAAGAUGUCUUGCUUUGUGCCUUUCAACAGGAGGAACCUGGACAUAUGCUUCUUCGUGUUCAGGCCAACUUUGGUCGUCGUGGACGAGCUCGUCGAGGCCUUGAAGCGAUUCUCCGUGUCCACCGAGGCUCUCGGCUGCGUCCAGAGCUCCAUUUUCAGGAGCAUUCAUGGCAACAUGAUUAUAUGGUACGGCGCAUGGAUGAGGAAAUCAAGCGACAACAAAGAGUCACUGAAUGCGACACUGCUAUCAAUGUUGACUGAUGUAUCAACCAUGGCCAUCCUCAUCGAGCACAGCUUCUUCGAACCCUACGCGGGUGAGUCGCGAGACGGCUCGUUGGCCGCCAAACUCUCGACGGGCGACAUCAUAUCCGUCGAUGCGGCCGAGUCCACCGCUUGCAAGAUCGGUGACCUAGCCUACGCGUGCUUAGCGAUAUUCAAGUCUCGGUUCAUGAAGAUUGAGGGCGUGAACGCUGGGGUUUGCAUGAAAUCGCAGAGCCAGCCGAGGGUGGCGUGCAUCGUCGUGUGGAAAUCGCUUCAGUUCUGUUACUCAUAUAUCUUGAAGUCGGAGUAUCGGAAGGCGAUGCUCCCGUAUCUCGAACGGUUCUCUCUCGACAUCAAGUACGACAUCUUCAAGGUAGUCUACGUGAGUAGUGAAGGUUCAGUGAGUUACCAUCACCAUGUCUCUCCUCAGCCCAUGUUAGGGCAUGAGGGAGAAAGCAAAGAGAGGCAGGUCAUGCAGAAUUGACGAAGAGUGGUUCAUUUGUUGUGAAUUUAUAUAUUGCAGUAUAUUUGUACGGAAA